AUGGGUUCGACCAUUCCAGCCAAUCGACGACUUCCGGUGCUAGUGUGGGUUGUGAUCAUACUGCCGGUACUCAUUGAUCGCAGCAAUGCGUUCGACAUCUUUCCACCAAACUACGAUAUCCGGUACCGGCUGGAAACGGAUGUGACUCUCGUACCGGAUGUGCAUGCGACCGAUAACUACAUGUGGUACCUGAACGGUUACCUGCGAGUCCAUCGUUAUGAUGCGAAAAAUCUAGCCGCACAGAUCGAGCUCGAUCGCCAUCACAUCCCACAGAGCGAGGGUGAUGUGUCCGCAUUGCUGGAACCGUUCCGCAUAGCGAUCGCAAACGAUACGAUCCUCAGCAUCCAGUUCAAGCAGAGCGAACCGAUCUGGUCGGCGAACAUCAAGCGUGCGCUGGCCUCACUGCUGCAGGCGCACGGCGAUGGUCCCGGGGCGUACGUUGUCGAUGAGCAGGGCAUCUUCGGCAGCUGCCCGACCGAAUACUUCGUCGUGAACAAAUCGAACGUGUUCGAGAUUUCGAAAACGUACGGCAUGGACCGGUGUACGAUCUACCGCGGUGCGAUCUACCUGACGCGCAGCAAUAUACCGCAGAAUCACUGCAUCCCGAACAAACAGCCGCAGGCGAUCACGUCCCGCAUCGCCAACUACAAGCUGCGUAAGAUCGAAUCCUACCGCUACAUGCUGACCGAGCUCGAUGGCACCAUGCGCACCAACAUUCGGACGCUGGAGUCGUACUACCCUCAGUUCCUGUAUUCGCGUGUGGUUUUGCGGUACGAGCAGCACCAGGUGUUGGACGAAACGCCCGGCCGGCCGGUGGUGGACAUUGUCAAUGGAAUGGCAUAUCUGUUCAGUCCGAUCCUGUUCGAGAGCCCCGAUCUCGAGGCGACCGGUGGCCGCAGUCCCAAAUCGAAAGAGAAGCUAAUAAACCGCACUGCCAGCCUGCUGAACGCGAUGGCGGACAAUCUAGAGACGGUGGACAACAAGCUGAAGGAACCGUACGACGAAACGGUGUCGGAAAUCAUCCGGCUGAUGGGCACGAUGGAUUUGGAAACGCUGAAGCAGCUGUACGAGGAGAUCGAUCUCGGUACAUCGUAUCGGCAGGAAACGGCCCGAAACAUCUUUCUCGAGAUAGUGCCGCGCACUGGUACGACCUCCACCAUACUGCUCACGCGCGAUCUCAUCAUGAACAAGCAGGUUAACCCGAUGACGGCGGUACAGUUGCUGAUCUCGCUACCGUUCUACAUGGCGGAACCGUCGCAAGAGUUGGUAAAGGAGUGUGAGGUGUUCCUGGAAGUGGGCGCGGAUCGACCGGACAUAAAGCAUGCGGCGGUGCUCAGUUACGCCACCAUGAUCUACAACACGUUCGUGGCGGGGAAACUGACUGCGGACACGUUCGAGAAGUACGUCAAGAUGUACUUCGACCUGUUCCUGAAUAGUUUCGAGUACGAGCAGCAGAUGCUCUACCUGGAGGGGUUGGGUAACCUGCAGCUGGAAAACGUGGCCGAAUAUUUGGAUCCAAUCAUUCGGGCAGACUAUCCGCAAAACACCGACAUCCGCUUUCUGGCCAUGUUGGCCCUGCUGCCGACGGCCCAUUUGCGCCCGAACCAGGUGUACGAAACGUACUGGCCAAUCUUUCACUCGCGCACCAGCCCGUUGCAGCUGCGGGUGGCCGCAUUUACGAUGCUGCUGUUCUCCAAUCCGACGCCCGGGCGGUUACUGGGGCUGUACAGUGUGAUAAAGACGGAGAACGAUCCGCAUAUGAUCAACUUCUAUCGCACGACCGUACUGAGCAUCUCCGAAACGACCUAUCCUUGCUACCAGCAUCUCAAGUUACUUCUCGCAUACAUGACCCGCCAACUACCGGAUGCACCAGCGCCCAAGUAUUGGGUCACUGGUAACUAUCUGUUUGACUACCGCGAUCGCAAGUUCCACAUCGGCUCGAUGUUGCAGACCAUGCUGAUCGGUAGCCAUCAAACGGAUCUACCGAUGAUCGCUUCGUUCAAGUUCGAUACGGAGGCCCUUGGCAGGUUUACGGGCCAACUAGGGCUGUACAUUAAAGCGCGUGGAUUGAGUGACGCCGUCAUCAACCGACUGACGACGUUCAACUCAAGCCAUCUGCGGCUGGAUCGGUUGAGCAGCAUACUGAAAUCGAUGAAGCUAUCCACCAUUAGUCCAACGCCGUUACAUUUCGAGUUCAUCGUCCAGUUUGAGGGUAAAACCGUCCUCUGUUACCAUCUCAAUCAAACUACCUUCCACAAUCUAACCGACGGAAACAUCAUCAAUCGGAUUAAUCUGCUGAGGGAUAGCCACGUGAAUAUGCAGAUCGUACGGCGCCCGUUCAUGAUCAAGUACGCGCUCCCGACGCUGCUGGGCACGCCGGCCGACAUCCUUAUCGAGAACACCGUGCUGGCGACGGUUCGCGGCAACACCACGCAGCAGACGAUGCUGAUGGACAAGGUGGCGCGCAGCAACCAGGUGGACGUGCGUUACUCUUCCUACGCAGUCGUAAAGAUUCGCAGCUACAACCCCAUCAACGAUGUGGAAUAUUCCACCAUCCGCGAGCAAGGCUUCCUGGUGUACAUACCGGUGAACAACGAGAUCGUGUGGGACAUUGCGGGUAAAUCGAUCAGCUACAGCUUCUACCGUCCGGAGAACAUGACCAGCGGCAUCUCGCUGAAGAGCCGUACGCGCAACACGCCGGCAAACGGUUCCACGGCAGCGGAGACACUCGAACCGAAGGAGGAAGAUAUUGCCAAGUAUGGGUACCGGAUCGACGAUCUGGGCAUUCAGCUGCUCGCCAGGGUGCACCAAGAUUACACCAAGGACAACGUGAUGUUCAUGCUCGAAACGGACAUACUGGACAAUGCGAAGGUGCUGACGAAAGCCCCGUUCUCGCUGGUCAACAACCUGCUGCGCAUCGUCAGCCUGAUACAGCUGAACACGAUCCACAUCGGACGCGACAAACACCUGACGCUGCUGAUUGCGAACGAUCAGAAAACGCUCCUGCAGGGUACGCUCAAAUGGGACACCCAGAACUACUCGAAACAGCCGUCCGUGCCGGAAAACGAGGUGCUGCGGGUGAAUCUGAUCCUUGCCCACACCAUUCCGAAACCGGAAGGCAGCCGGGACGAGGUGAAGGUACUGCACAAAUGGGACAUCGUGUCACAGUACACCAACUUCAAGUGUGACCGGGCAGCGCGGAUAUUCUUCUCGCUUACACGCCACGAAUGGAACAGUUCCAACUGGAAGAUGUGCUUUUCGGCGGAUUAUCGCCCGCUAGUGUUCCUGCAGCGGCCCUUCCAGCUUACGGGCGAGGUCGUGUUCGGCGAAACGAAGGUACCGAAACAGUGCCCCAAAGAACCGCGGAUUGCGUUCAACGUGUCGUACCAUCUGCCGGAUUAUGUCGAGCGAAUCUAUCGCGCCCUGGACACGAAGGACCGCAGCUGUCCGAAGGAAAUUCUACGCCUUACACCACCGCCAUUUUCCGGCGACUGCCGGGCAGAUCGGUUCAGCCCGCUGACGACGGUUACUGGGCUUGAUGGGCGUUUUACGUUCACGAAGCUUCCUUCCUGGAUCGAUAUGUUGUUGCACCGGUUGGAUCACGCUGUUUCGGCAGUAGUGCCUGGGCGUGUGCAUACGCUCAACAUCACCGACCAUAUCGAUGUGCAAGCCCGCGUUCUGCAGUGGUCGAACGAUACGGAAAUCCAGAUCAACGGUGGCACUAUUUGGUUCCCGUCGCGGUUCUAUCACAAUGUGAAAAUGCAACAUUCCUACACGUCACGGAUCGAGUACGGGUUCCUCAGUGUCUGCAGCUUGAUCCACAACAAGUUGACGACUUUUAACGAUCGCAUCCUGCAGCUGACGAACGAGAUCCGGGACGAGUAUCGGGUGCGCGACAGCUUUCUGCUGACCGCCGACUGCUCGCUCACACCCAAAAUGGCCAUCCUGGUGCUGGACGACCAGAAGGGCGUGCAGAUCUACACAGGCGGUAACUAUUUGAUCUACGAACCGGGUUCUGGUACGGGUGCGGUCAACAGUAACGGCACCACCUUCUCGCCUACCAUGACUGUGAACAUUAACGAUGAGCAGCUGAUCGACCUCCGCAAUAUCGUUUAUCAGUAUCCACCCGAUGACGAAUUCUACGACUUCCGGGUGUACAUCGAUCGGGAGGGUGUGCUGGUGGUUGAAAACCAGCUCAAUGGAGCUGUCGUACAGUACGGACCGGCCGGUAUUGUCAAUCUGCUGCUACCGACCGUACACAAGGGCCAGAUGUGUGGUCUGUGCAGUGAUCGCGAGUAG